AUGGCUUUGGCUAACCUCACAACCCACCCACAGUUUUUGCUCCUCGGCUUGAUGGAUGGCACAAACGCCCAUCCACUGCUGUUCCUGCUUUUCCUUAGCAUCUAUCUGCUCAAUGCCCUGGGCAACCUGAGCAUGGUGGUGCUGUUGAGGUCUGACAGGGCUCUGUGCUCCCCUAUGUAUUACUUCUUGGGUCAUCUGAGCCUCGUGGACAUCUGCUUCUCCACAGUCACAGUCCCCAGACUGCUGGUCAGCCUGCUGCACCCCGGAGAGGCUGUGUCUUUCGAGGCAUGUUUUGCCCAGAUGUACUUCUUUGUGGCUCUGGGCAUCACCGAGAGCUAUCUCCUGGCAGCCAUGUCUUAUGACCGCGCAGUGGCUGUGUGCAGGCCGCUACACUAUGGAGCAGUCAUGACACCCCGGCGCUGCGCUGUCCUGGUGGUGGCAUCCUGGGUGGUGGCCCAUCUGCACUCGCUGCUGCACACGCUGCUAAUCUCUGCACUCUCCUACCCGCUGUCUGCCCCUGUGAGACACUUUUUUUGUGACAUGACGGUGAUGCUGAGCUUGGCGACCUCAGACACGUCCACUGCAGAGACUGCCAUCUUCUCAGAGGGCCUGACAGUGGUGCUGACCCCACUGCUCCUCGUAUCCCUCUCCUAUGCGCACAUCCUAGUGGUGGUGCUCAGAGUGAAGUCAACAGGAGGCCGGCGUCGUGCCUUCUCCACCUGUGGGGCCCACCUGGUGGUGGUGUCGCUUUUCUUUGGCUCUGUGGUCUCCGUCUAUUUCCGACCAUCAUUUGCCUACUCAGCUCGCUAUGACCGCUUGGCCAGUGUGGUCUAUGCAGUUGUUACACCAACCUUGAACCCUUUCAUCUACAGCCUUCGCAGCAAGGAGGUCAAGGGUGCCCUAAAAAGGGGAUUCAGAUGGAGAGCUUCAUCCCAGGAUGAAUAA